AUGGGGAUUACACCCAAGGAAGAUCAUUUGCGAAAAGGAUCGGACGUCUCUCCGUUGGAAGCUUUGGUAGCUGGUUCCAUGGCUGGAGCAGUCUCAAGAGCUAUAACUGCACCUUUGGACACCAUCAAAAUCAGGUUACAACUCCAAUCGCACACUAGCUAUAGUGAAUACAAGGGAGCUACUCAGACGUUGACGUCGUUGUUAAGAAAUGAAGGUGUAAAGGCUCUUUGGAAAGGUAACGUCCCCGCUGAAAUCUUGUACAUCUUUUACGGAGGAAUACAAUUUACAUCUUACUCUAUUUUCAGUAGAGCUUUAAGUGAACUAGAACAAAAUAAUAAAUACAAGGUAUCGUUGAGUCCGGCAGUUCAUUCAUUGGUAGUUGGAUCCGGAGCGGGUCUUACAAGUACCUUCUUUACGUACCCUUUUGAUUUGCUUAGGACUCGACUAGCUGCUAACUCUGAUAAGAAAUUUCUAUCUUUAUCAUCAACAGUAGUAGAUAUAUGGGAAAAGCAAGGAAUUCGAGGGUUUUUUGCAGGUUUCAGACCAACGGCUCUCUCAGUCGCUUCAACUACUGGGCUAAUGUUUUGGGCAUACUCCGAGGCAAGGGAGUUGUCUGCCAGAUAUAAAGAUAACAUACCAUUUAUAGAAGGUAUAUGUGGGUUCUUGGCCGGAGCUAUUUCAAAAGGAAUUACAUUUCCCUUAGAUACGCUUCGGAAAAGAAUGCAGAUGUACCACGUAAAUCAUGGAACUUCUCCUUCGUCUGCACUCAGGUUGUGUUCAUCCAUCAUAAGAAAUGAGGGCCUUUUCGGCUUUUACAAGGGAUAUGGAAUGAGUGUAUUGAAGACUGCUCCAACUAGUGCAUUGUCGCUCUUCAUGUAUGAAUACACUCUAACUUUCAUUAGAAGAAGCUAA